AUGUCGAAGUAUUACGCACUGCUAGCCGUUUUCCUGUCUGUCUGUCUGGUUAUAGUGUCAUCGCUCCCCAGCCCGACAACUGAAGAUGACGACGACGACGACGACGACACGACGCCGCAGAGCCGUGCCGAGGCUGAUGACGACGGUCGGAUCUAUAAGAACCCUCGCAAUUCACCUUCGGCUGACUGUCCUCGUGAUGAGGAGCAGGCUACCUUACUUGGUCAGAAAUGCCUACGCAAAUGCUCUUCUGACGAAGACUGCAAAAGCAAAAAAAAGAAAUGCCUCUGCGACGGAGCGUGCGGCAUGUCCUGCAUCAAACCAGGUAAGUGA